UGAGCGCCAGUGACCCCACGGAGGUGAUCGGGGUUCUGGGCAAGUCCGUGACCUUCCACACCCCCAACACAGACGCAAAUCCAGCACUCUGGUUUUUUGGGGAUAAACCCAUAGUGACUGUGGCAUUUGAGGAUCCUCCUCAACCCAUAUUUUAUAAAGACAAAUUCAAAACCCGUUUUGCUGUCUCUGAGAGAGGCCGCGCACUCAAAAUCUCCCAGCUGAGGAUGGAGGAUGCCGGGACCUACUCUGUAACAAUCAACGGAAAAAGAUCCAACUUCACCCUGCAGGUGUUCAGGGAGCUGGCAGAGCCCACGGUGACCUGCGAGGCCCAGAACUGCUCGGACGGGAGCUGCAGCUCCUCCCUGCGCUGCUCCGCAUCCGGCACCGGCUUUGGGAACAUCUCCUACACCUGGAGGGUGGGGGAUCAGGACAUGGACGGGAGCUCCGUGGUGCUGAUGGUGAACGAAACAUCCCAGGAUGGGCUGGAGCCGGUGACGUGCACGGCACGGAACGCCGUCAGCAGCAAGAGCAUCACCAUCACCAACCUGGGGCAGCUCUGCGCAGCUGCCCUCUCCAGCGGCCAGGUCGAGGUCAGGGUCUGGGUCUGGGCUGUGGUCGGGGUCCUAGUCGUGAUUUUGGUCCUGGCCCUUUUGUCGAUUUUCCUCGUGCUCCUAUGGCAAUUCAAAGAUUUGUGA